AAAAGGUCACAAAAGCAGAUUUACACUAUAAAAGCUUAUUUCUAAGGAUAUAUAAAGUUAAACUUCUUCAUAAUGAGUUACCAACUCUAACAAACCUCAAAAUAAGACAACCAAAAGUAUAUAUAACUAAUUGGUGUCCUAGAUGCAACUUAGAAAAGGAAGAUACACAUCAUAUCUGGUUAUGUUCAAGUAAUACAAUUGAAAUAUCAGAUAUAAUAGAGAAAGAAAUUAGAGACACAAUUACAAAACUAAAAUCAAAAGACAAAAAAAUUAACUGUAAGAUAGCAAAAGAAAAAAUUAAAAGUCUAUCUUAUUUUAAUAGGGAAAAUGAUCUUGAACCCAACAAAAAAGAAAUAAAAUUGAAACACAUACUCAAGGGGCUGGUCCCAAGAAGCCUUAGUAAAACUAUUGAAGAAUUGAACGUAAGCAGCCAUAAAAGUAAAAAAAUAGCUAGAAGGUUGGUUGGUAAAAUAAUAACAGUAGCCAGAGAAAAAAUCUGGAUAGAGAGAUGUAAUGAGGUGAUAAAGUGGGAGAAGGAAAUAGGAAUAGAAAAAAAUAUUAAGUAUAAAAAUAACACAGGUAAUGAUGAUGUUUUUGUUAAUGGUAAAAAUACCAAUAAUAGUAAUAAUAGAAAAAAUGUUGAUAACACUAGUAAUCAGAUUGUAGAUAAUAUCAACAUAUUAA